UCACUUUUAAUACUGAACAACCAUGAUACCAACGAUCUCUAGAUUGACAAAACCAGCUUAUCCUGGACACUGGCCAGUAGGGAAAUUAGAAAACCUCUUCUUAGCAGCUGGCAGUGCAGUUGUAUCUUUAGUAGAUGUUUACAGACAUGACAUGCUUGCAACGCUCACAGAAACAUCUACCCCUACUAUGCUACUACAGCAAAUGCGUCAAGGUAUGCUGUCUUCAGAUAAUGGAAGACGCAUUCUAGCCGAAAGACCGAGAAUAUCAACAAAGAGUGUGGAUUUAGACGCACUCAGGGAUUUGCCAAAAGGUACAUUAGGGAGAGAAUACUCUUUAUGGUUGGAGAGAUGUGGCGUCACUCCUGAUACUCGUGAUCCAGUUCAUUACAUUGACGAUGAAGAGUUAGCAUAUAUCGUUCAACGGUAUAGGGAGAGUCAUGAUCUCUAUCAUCUAUUACUUGGACAGAGAGUUGAUAUUCUCUCUGAACUUAUCAUAAAAUGGUUCGAAUUUUCACAUUUCAAGCUUCCAGUAGCUGGUUUAUCAAGUGCAUUUGGUCCAUUACGUCUUAGACAUAGUUGGCAGCGUCAGGACUUAUUCACUCGCUCCGGUCCAUGGGCUAUCAGACAAGGUAACAGGUGCGCGCCAUUAAUGGGUAUAUAUUGGGAGAAUGAAUGGUCGACAAAUCUCGCAGAAUUGAGACAGCGCAUGAACUUAACAGACGUACCAGAUUGGAGAGAUGGAAAAGGUCCACAGGGUAAAGGCAAGGCAAAAUUUGGCAGUGGAUUAGAAAUCGGAGGUGCUUGAUGUAUUAUAGAUGUUUCCCGUAACUUCUAAUUAUUAUACAAUAUUAAUCAUCUGCGUGUCAUUCCU